AUGGUACGCAAUUGCCAUGAUUUAUAUUUUGUCCUGUCCAAGGAGGGAAAUCUAUCCUUGCACGGACGUACGUGUAUCGCCAACGGAAACAUCUACAACCCUGGCCAGGAGGUCCCCGACCUGAGCCCCUGCAAGACCCAGUGCCGGUGUUACGCCUCUCUCUUCGGUCGCACCGGCCACAUCGUGUGUGCUGUGAACAGGCAGUGCGCGUUCACCAACCUGUGCGUUAAUCCAAUCACAGACAUCUGUGGUUGUCCAAAGUGCCGGCCUGGUGGCUGGAUUUGGCCCCCAGUAACAGAGUCAGUACUUUUGUCAGAGAAUCGAGUUGCUUGGCAAAUUUCUACCCAAACGUACAGACACAUAUCCCGGGGGGCACAGCUUGCUGUUGACGGGAAAACUGACGGGGAGUUCUUCCGCGGAAAUACUUGCACUCAUACAGCUAAGCAUUUUGAACCCUGGUGGAAACUAGACUUGGGGAAAAGCUUCGUCGUAACGAAGGUUGUUAUUUUCAACCGCGCUGGAAAAUUUGGUAGACGUCUCUUUGGCGCUGAAGUGCGCGUUGGUGGCAAUGCUGUGACCGGCGGGAACCGCCCUUGCGGUAGUCUUGUGACGAAGGCAGAAGUAGCGGCCACGGGCAACAAGAUCACGCGGGAGUGUGCAGCAAACACGAGGGGGCGCUUCGUCAGCGUGCAGAUCCGGCACAGAGCGGAAUUUCUGACGUUGUGUGAGGUGCAGGUAUUUGGCCACGAAAUACUGGGAAGUGACAGCGCAGUGAUUCCGUUCGAGGGCUACCCUCCUCUCCCGUCCCCUCUCAUCCCAUCCCCAGGGUACCCGUCCGGGUUCAUACCAGGGUCUGCUGUGACCGGGGGGAACUGCCUGGUUCCUGAUUUGCAGAACAAGGGGAGCUACCUGGUCAUACCAGACGGUGGUGUGACGGUGGUUGGCCGUUGCGCCAAAUGCCGUUGCGAUGUUGUCACCUCCUAUAUCUCACCUGGAAAAGUGAUUGACAGAGGCUGCAAUUGCGACUAUUCGGACUGUUGCGAGUACCAGGGAAAGUACUACGCCCCCAACGAUAUCGUGCCUAACUACAAUGGAGACCAGUGUGGCCGGAUCUGCAAAUGUUUCGCCAGUGCUGGUGGCGAGAGACCCAUCAUUGCUUGCUCCCCCAACAGCAACGUGUGUGAGUUUGAGAGCAGAUGCGUGCACUACGAGGUGGAUAAUUGUGGCUGCCCCUACUGCAAAACAGGAGUGAGCGACUGUUGGGGUUACGACCCGUGGAAGCAGAAAGACGUCUGUGUACCAGACGGGCAUGGCCCCGUGGUCAUUAAUCCUCAGCAUCCCUACUUUACCUGCCAAUGCAUGUACGUCACCACCUUCACGGUUAACGCCAACACUGCAAUUCCAUACAACAAACUCAGAAGAGCCAGAUGCACCGGCCCAGUACACUGACUGUGAAGCUCUCUUGGACAGAUCACAUGGGGUUACAGCAGUGGUAUUAUUAAUAUGAGCAUAUCAGGCUUCAACAGAAUUCCCCAAAGAACAAUGAGGGUUUCAAAUGAUGUCAAAAGAUUAUAAGCUCAGGCCAUUCAGCUCGAAAAAAAUUAAUGACGUGGUCUCACUGAAAGUAUGUAUCCUUCAAUUCAGUUUAAGCACGGAAGAUCAGUGAACAGGACUGGGUAACAUUCUGACAACAGGUGGCGCUAAUCAUGGUCGUCGCACAAUACCCAUGUGUCCUUACAUCUUCUCCCAGAAACUGGAAAUAAACUCCAUUUUUACGUGUUCAAAUUAAUCAGAUCAAGUGGUAUCUACAAUCAAGCAUCCUAGCAAACACAGUAGCAACCUUUGAUUUGAUAAAUACAGUUCCAUUAACGUGUCCAAUUGGAAGGUAGGUCGAAACUGCCCAAACCAGCAUGACGUGUUCCAGGUCCUUGUACGUUUCGUUCAUUCAUUUUUCGAUUUGAAAACGAAAAAUGAGUAAAAAGACGAAAAAAUCGCGUUAUGUUUCAUGUUGGAAAUGAAAAACGAAAGUAAUCUGGUUUAAAAUUUCAGUUUAAACCCAAUUUCGUUUGACUGCACACGUAAUUUUGAGGAGGCGUCACGGACAUCUCUGAGCACUUCUCAAAAGGAAAGUUGCUUUUGAAAAUGCGGGACAUUUGGGUUGCUCCAUCUUUUACUUUAAAAGCAACGGAUCCCUCGUUUUCCUUUUGUUCUGCCAUGAUUGAUUUGGUGGGUUGCAAAGAUUUUCCUUACUUUACAAAAUGAAAAAUGGAGCUGUUUUUCAUUCUUCAAAAAAGGUAGAUCAUUUAUUACAAUGUUAUUCAUUUUCAUGUUGAAAAACGAAAAAAGAACGCGAUUGUCGUUUUUCAUUUUUAAAUGAAAGACGAGAACCGACUUAUUUCUCCAUUUUCAAUUUUCUGUUUUUAAAUCGAAAAACAAG